GAGCAGCUGCAGGAGGGAAUAUAACGAGCCGCAGGACCAGAGGGAGACACAUCCCGAGCCUGGCGUCACCGCGUUCACAGUAGUGGCAGCAAGAUGGUCUCCUCAUGGGUGGUGGUGGUGGUGAUGGUGAUGGCGAUGGUGACAGCAGGGCGCCCGGAGGAUCAGGCGGACUCGUUGAAGCAGGAACACCUCAUCCGUGACACGCUGCUGCAGGGCUACCACAAGGAGGCGCUGCCGCAGAAGCCUUCGGUCAUCACCAUCACGCAGUUCUCCAUCAGGGACUUGGAGAUGCACGAGGGGGCUCACCGCCUCAGCCUCCACGCCUGGCUUGGAUUUAUGUGGAUGGACAAGCGACUCUCCUGGAAACCUGAGGACUACGGCGGCCUGAGAAAGCUGUCCUUCUCCUCCCGUCAGGUGUGGCUGCCCGAUCUGUCCGUCUACAAUGCAGGAGACGCCGAGGCCACACUGAUCUCGUCGAAGUUCCGCGUCACUGUGAAGCCCAGCGGCGAGGUGCUCUACGUGCCGUCCCUCGACCUUCACUACUCCUGCGUGGCGGACCUCACCUACUGGCCCCACGACACCCACAACUGCACCCUCAAGAUCGGCUCCUGGGUGCAUGACGGGAACUCCAUCGACAUACGCGUGAAGGAAGGAACCAACGUCCAGAUGGAGGUAACCAAGAGCUCGCAGGGACACAUGGACACGAUGGAGUGGGAGAUCAUUGACUCGAAGAUAAUCGCCGAGUCCAAAUACUACGACUGCUGCUCCGAGCCUUAUGUGAGCAUGCGCGCGAUCCUGGUGGCGAGGCGGGAAGCACCGGCCUACACCUGGCUCAUCAAGACACCUGCCGUUUGUCUGAUCCUCCUCACCAUGGUCCUCUUCAUCCUGCCUCCCCGCGCCGGCGAAAAGAUUACCUUCGGGGGCCUCUGCAUCAUCCUCAACCUCAUGUUCCUCGUCUUCGCUCACGGCACCGUCCGCAACGCCCCGAGCCACACGCCGCUCCUGGUCCAGUUGGUGACGCUGCAGCUGGUCUUGGCGGUGAGCAGCGUCCUGAUGUCCUCCGUGGUGAUCAGGGCAGCCAGGGCGCCCUACACCUCCCCGCCCGGUCCCUCGCUGCACCGCUUCUCCCUCACCAUCGCCCCCGCCAUGGGCCUCUCCUCGUACUUGAAGCAGGCGUCGGGACAAGGACGGCUGGGUACAGGAACGCCAAAGAGCGACGAGGUGGAGCUGGGCAGCGAGGCGGAGAGCUUGAGGUGCGGGGAGCAGGGCGUGGUGGCCGGCCAGUGGCUCCUCUUCGGCGCCGUCCUCGACCGCGUGGCUCUCGCCGUCUACUUCGGCAUCACCAUCAUCGUGCUCAUCAGGUUCUCGUGCGUGCUCUAGAUGACGGUUAGAAAGGAACGCAUUAAGGCCAUGAAGAUAUACCUUUGGACACCUGACGCCACCUGAGGGUCACCUGGUCAUUCGAGAGUCACGUGUGCGUUGAUUAAGCCAUUCUGAGUCACCUAGAAGUUACCUGUUGCUGUUAUCUGGUUAUUUGAGUCACUAAGAUCACCUUGAGUUACCUGUGCGUUGAAAAGUCACUCCAAGCCACCUAUAAGUUACCUCUUGAUGUUACCUGGUCAUUUGAGAGUCAUUAAGAACACCUGGAGUCACAUGUGUGUUGACUGAGCCACUCCAAGCCACUCCUGAGUCACCUGUUAUCACCACCUGACUCACCUUGCUACCUGGCAGCCAAUGAGGUUACCUGGAGUCACGUGUAUUUUGAGGAAACCACUCCAGGCCACCGCAGAGUCACACCUGAGCUCCCUUGUUACCUGGCAGUCAGUGGAGUCAGCUGGAGUCACGUGUGUAUUGAUGAAGCCGCUCCAAGCCUCCUUUUGUUACCUGCAGACCACUGAGGUAAGCCAUGAGCCUCCUGCCACAACCUGCUGCUGCUUCUUUUGAUGUUGAUGUUCUCUUUUAGUCUGUUGGUUCUUUGAUCAGUCUCGACCUCCUUUCUGUGUCUGACUGGCUGAAACGAAGCUCCUCCUCCUUGGACUGCCACUUUUUGGUUGGCUGGCUCUGGUUUGGGUUAGAGGAUUAUAUGUUUUUACGGUGAGAAGAGAAGCGGAUAGACUUCUUCUUCUUCCGCAGCAUCAUUAUCCCGUUUCUAUACGGGGUCGCUGUUUUUGAUGAGUCUCCUCCAUCUGAUCCUGUCCUCCGCCACUUCAAGGUCCAAGUUCUUCUCCCUGCCGUUCGCCACAAUACAGUCCUUCCAUCUCGUCCUGGGUCUUCCUCUCUUCCUUCAGUCCCUCCAUCUCGUCCUGGGUCUUCCUCUCUUCCUUCAGUCCUUCCAUCUCGUCCUGGGUCUUCCUCUCUUCCUUCAGUCCUUCCAUCUCGUCCUGGGUCUUCCUCUCUUCCUUCAGUCC